UCUUUAGCCACGCCCCUCUCAAAUGCUUCUUCCCACUUUUCUGCAGAAAGCUGAUGUGUAACUAACUUCAGUGUUCCACGCUGCAAAAAUGUUCGCUUUCGGAUCAAAAGUGCUGCUGCUGCUCCUCCUGGCCUUCCCCAGCGGCUUGAUAUCCACGGGCCGAGUGUCCGCCAGCACCGAUUCCGCUGAGGACAUUGACCCAGAUGCAUCUGUUGAUGAGGAGGAAGAAGAUGAUGAAGAAGAGAUGCCAGGAGAGGAAGAUCAGAUCCAAAGCUCGGAAGGAGAUGAUGACGAUGACUCUGACGAUGAAGAUAAGUUGUUAGCGUCUCACUCUGAUGCCGACACAACCAUCGUCUUCACGACAGGAGAAGAGUUUCCUGCCAAUGAAAUCGUGAGGUUCCUGGUGGGUUUCACCAACAAGGGCAGUCAGGAUUUCACCGUUGAGUCCUUGGAGGCCUCCUUCCGUUACCCCCAGGACUUCCAAUUCUACAUUCAGAAUUUCACAGCUUUGCCUUUGAGCACAGUGGUUCAUCCGGGCACGCAGGCCUCCUUCGAGUACUCCUUCAUCCCAGCUCAGCCCAUGGCCGGUCGUCCUUUUGGUCUCGUUAUCCUCCUCAACUAUCAUGACACUGAGGGCAAUGUGUUUCAGACUGCUAUUUACAACCAGACUGUCAACAUCAUUGAGAAAGAAGAAGGACUGGAUGGUGAAACAGUGUUUAUGUACAUCUUCCUUACCGGGCUGGUGGUGCUGAUGCUCUUUGCGAUGUACCAGGUCCUGGAGUCUAGGACGAAAAAGAGAAUGUCAGUAAAGUUAGAGAAAGGGACUGGCGGGAUGAGCGAUGUGGACAUCAGUUGGAUUCCUCAGGAGACUCUCAAUGCCCUAAAUAAGGCUUCCCCUAAAACAUCGCCACGGAAACGGACCAAGCGGGCAGCUGGAGCGGAUCAAUAAAGCUUCUGCUUUCCGUCCAGUCAACAUGAAGUCCAUGAGGAUUUCAAAGCCCAUUUCCUCCCACAUGUCUCAUGCGUGACGGAUAGCAGUAUUUGGACUUCAAUUUCUGCUCUGCUGCUCUUCAGUUGCCACUUUGGCACUUGCCGUACAGAGCUGUUGUUCAUUUUGUU